AUGUGUAAUAAAAAUACUAAACAACUUAUUGUAAAGUUAUCAACUUUACAAGAUCCAAAUAAAUUUUUUGACAAAUAUUGGAAUGAGCAACAUGACUUUUUCAGUGAUGAAGAAGAGAAAAUUUAUGUGAUUAAAAAAGAUGAUGAUGAAGUUUUAGAUAUUUUUUCAAAAUGUGCAUUAAAAAAAUAUUUAGAAUUAAGUAAACAAAAAUAUAGAUUUAAUACUUGUCCUUGUUGUGGAAAAAUCAAACUUGUUUUUGUAAAAAAGACCAAUUUACUUAUCAAAGAAACUAUCAAUCAUUGUGAUGUUUAUAAUUCACCUUUCACUAAUCAAGUCAAAGAAGAUUUUAAGAUAAGAUUUCUUGAUUAUGAUCAUUUAUUAAAAUUUUUUAAUCAUUAUGAUAUUAGUCGUAAAUAUGAGAUUUAUUUUUGUGAACAUAAAAAUAUUUCAGUUUAUAGAAAAAACAGUAAUAAGGUCUUGAAUGUUUAUCAAGAAAAUGAUUUAUUUUAUUUUGUAAAUCAUUUUUUAAGACGUGAUAUCAACUUUAAUCAAUGUUUUAAUUGUAACAAAAUUACUAUAAGUAGAAAUAGUGGAAUUGAUCUUACUUGUAAAACUAAAAAAUGCAAAUGUAUUUCUUAA